AUGGCCGGAAUCAAGACCAUCAUCGGACUGUCCUUUGUCCUCGCGAUAGGCUUUCUUCUCGUCAUUCUCUCCGCCGCGCUCUUCCACAACUACCUCACGCUUCUCGUCGUCGCAACCUACGUAGUUGCGCCACUACCCAACUGGCUCUGCGGCAGAGCGGCGAAUCAUGAUGAUUUCAUGGAGAGUUCGGGAAAUGGUGUGGUGGACUUUGGAAGGUUCUUGACGGGCUUCUUUGUGGUUAUGGGUAUUGCACUCCCGACUCUCCUCUGGCAUGCAGCCGAGAUUGCAGGAGGCGCAGCAGCCAUGUCCAUCUUCGGUGGCCUGCUGAUAUACGCGACCAUCAUCAGCUUCACGUUGUUCUUCCAGGAGCAAGAGGACUUCUGA